CUCUAGUAAAGGGGUGCUGCAGGCGGCUGCCGCCCCCAACCCGCGCCCUCGGGUCCCCCCAUCUCCCCUUAGACUUAAGGGCGUGAGGGAAGGACGCGGGCUCUUUCGCGUGCGGCAUUGUCCGUUUUUCUCCCUUUUGUGUUCUGGUUCUGAAUUCCUCCAGGAUCCAGGAUGACAAUCCGACACCAAGGCCAGCAGUACAGGCCGAGGAUGGCAUUUCUCCCGAAGAUUGAAGCGCUAGUGAAGGACAUGCAGGACCCAGAGACGGGGGUCAGGGUGCAGAACCAGAAGAUCCUGGUCACCAGUGUCCCUCACGCCAUGACAGGAAGUGAUGUUCUACAGUGGAUCAUCCAGCGGCUUUGGAUCUCCAACCUGGAGGCCCAGAACUUGGGCAACUUCAUUGUCAAGUAUGGUUACAUCUACCCCCUGCAAGACCCCAAGAAUCUCAUUCUCAAGCCCGAUGGCAGCCUCUACCGAUUUCAAACGCCGUACUUCUGGCCGACCCAGCAGUGGCCAGCGGAAGACACAGACUAUGCCAUCUAUCUAACCAAGCGGAAUAUCAAGAAGAAAGGGAUUUUAGAAGAACACGAAAAGGAAAAUUACAAUUUCUUGAACAAAAAAAUUAACUACAAGUGGGACUUCGUCAUUAUGCAGGCCAAAGAACAGUACAGGACUGGAAAGGAAAGGAACAAAGCGGACAGGUACGCCCUGGAUUGCCAGGAGAAGGCGUACUGGCUGGUGCACCGGUGCCCUCCAGGAAUGAACAAUGUGCUGGACUAUGGCCUGGACCGAGUGACCAAUCCGAAUGAAGUUCAGAAACAAACAAUCACUGCUGUCAAAAAAGAGAUCAUGUAUUACCAGCAGGCCUUACUGAGGUCCACGGUGAAGUCUUCAGUGUCCCUCGGAGGGAUCGUCAAGUACAGCGAGCAGUUCUCGUCCAACGAUGCCCUCAUGUCCGGCUGCCUCCCCAGCAACCCCUGGGUCACAGACGACACCCAGUUCUGGGACUUAAAUGCCAAGUUGGUGGAAAUCCCAACCAAGAUGCGAGUGGAGCGGUGGGCCAUCAACUUCAGUGAACUGAUCCGGGACCCCAAGGGCCGGCAGAGCUUCCAGUACUUCCUCAAGAAAGAAUUCAGUGGGGAGAAUCUGGGGUUCUGGGAAGCCUGUGAGGAUCUGAAGUAUGGAGAUCAGUCCAAGGUCAAGGAGAAAGCCGAGGAGAUUUACAAGCUGUUCCUGGCCCCGGGGGCGCGGCGGUGGAUCAACAUAGACGGCAAAACCAUGGACAUCACGGUCAAGGGGCUGAGGCACCCCCACCGCUACGUGCUGGACGCUGCGCAAACCCACAUUUACAUGCUCAUGAAGAAGGAUUCUUAUGCGAGGUACUUGAAAUCUCCAAUCUAUAAGGAAAUGCUGGCCAAAGCUAUCGAACCCCAGGGAACCACCAAGAGAAGCUCCAGCCUCCCAUUUAUGCGGCGUCACCUGCGUUCCAGCCCGAGCCCUGUCAUCCUGAGGCAGCUGGAGGAGGAAGCCAAGGCUCGAGAGGCAGCCAACACGGUGGACAUCACCCAGGUCAUGAGCAAGCUGGACCGUAGGAGCCAACUCAAAAGGGAGCUGCCUCCUAAAUAAGUCUACAGUUCCUGGGGGUGGCAAGGGCGUGCCCUUGGGAGAGGCACACAAAGGCAGGGGUGGAGCCUAGAAGAGUCAUUCCCCAUCAGUGGGGGGGGCCCUGGGGUAGACAGGUUCAUGCCAGCUCCCUCCGACCUCCUUCAUGGUGAGCUUUUUGAUACCACAGCAACUCGUGGUUCUCUCACUCCAACAGCCCAGGGGCAGGACCGGCAGUGGUGGGGGCAGAGCACCCGACUCAGCUGCUGUGUGACCACCCAUCUUCUGGUAGGGGGUUCUUGCAGUGAGCACCAUAGAGAAAACAGGCUGAUUUGUGUUCUACCACUUGCUUUGGAAAAGUAAAGAGAAGGCCUUCUGCGCCCCCCUCCACUCCCACGCAUAGUUCUUUCAGGCACAUUUGUUUCAAAUAGCUCAGUGAAGCGCCCCCUUCCACCCUCAUCUGUCCAGUUUAGACUUGGCUUCUGAGGCAGCUGCAGAUCCUGCCAAGGGACGAGUCUCAGGGCUUCCCUAUAGAUGUGCGUCCCUGGACGCCUCCAGAGCAGUCAAGGUGAAAUGGCCUUCAGAGGAGCAUCUUUUUGGAGAAAGAACGAAGGGGCCAAUGUUUUUGUUCAUGGGAGGAAGGAUGGUAGAUAUCUGUGCCAUUUUCAAGAGGGGUCAAGAUCAAAGAUAAUACUCUCUCAGGUAUCUAGGGAAGCCUAGAUGUUAGUGCUUCUCUCCUCUAUAGCUGUAGACUAGGCCAGCCCUGUGGUCGGGGUGGAGUGGAGGGCAGUUCAGACUCUAACCCUGGGAGGCCGACAGGGUUAUCUGUGAAAGCAGGCUUGCCCCACACACCUGGGUAAGAAGGCAAAGGAGAUAGAACAGGUCACUGAGCACCUUGCACCGCAAGAAGACUCACUCAUUGAGCCUGUUGACUGAGUGCCUACCAUGUGCCAGGCAUUGGAGAAUAAAAUAGACACAGUCCCUAUCUCACGGAGCUGUGCCAUGGUGGUGGCCUCGGCGGGGAUGAGUGGAAUGCUUCUUCUCUGCUUCACACGUCUCAUCCUUCAGCACUAGCCUAGGCCUGAGGCUGCCUGUGGGGAUGGCAAGGGACUGAGUGGAAACACAUAAGGUUUUUGAGGGGUAGGCUAGGAACUGGCACACGGUCUCUCCCCCCUCAUUUGGUUGGCCAGAGCAAGAACCAGAGCCCACUUAGAAUCAAGGAGCGGGAAAAUAGACUCUAUUUCUUUAGUGAGAAAAUGUCAAAGUCUCAUGGCAGAAGGCAAGGAGACAGGGAGGCAGAGAGAAUUGGGGCCGUGAUAGCAAUCAACAACGCAAACCCAUAGAUGGCAAAACUCAUACAAGGCGUACUAAGGAAAUGGAUGUGACAUUGUGUUAGCAAGAUGACGGGUUGUGCAGGUUACGGAGGCCUCUCCCGGGCGGUGACAGAUGAGCAGCUGAUGGAAAGAGCUGGCUAUACAAUGAAUGUGGGCUAGGCAGGGAGACCUUUCCAGGCUGGGGGGCUUCGAGGACAAAGGCCCAGCGGUGGGAAACAGCCUAGAGUGAACGGGAACACUGCGGGGGCAGAGCCUGGUGGGGGGUGGGGGCAGAAAGGGAACAAGAUGAGGUGAGAGAGCUGGGCAGGGCCCGGUCAUCAAGGACUUUUUAGGCUGUUGUGAGGAGUGUAUGGCUCUUGGUUUCAUAUAAGCAAAAUGAGUUUCCUUCAUGGGACCAACUUUGCUCAUUUGCUUUUGGGGACAGUGAGGGAAGGGUGAGCGAGAAGGGACUGGAGGGGUGAGUGCUCACUGCAUGCUGAACCCGAAUGCAGCCCUCUCCCCACCCGCCUGCUCCCAGGGAGUCAGAGUUCAGGUGGCCACGAGGUCUCCCUCGACUUCUCACUCAGUUUCUGGACCGAAAACGAAUUGCAUCUCUUUGUGCCGUCUGCUCUGCCUUUCAUUAAAAAGCCUGUGACUGUGUCCUCAUGUCAACAUUCCUGCUCCAUUUCAUGCUCCUUCUCUCACUUCUGUCGGCUCCCCUGCAUAAUAAAGCAUCAGCACAGCACAAAACAAAGCAAAA